AUGUUUCGACUAGCUGAGGAGACUACAGGUAAUGACAAAAUAGCGGUGAUGAAAAUCUUAAAACAUCUGUUAGAUGAGGUUGUUGAUACAGACAUAACGAGGUUGGCAAGACUGGGAAAAAAAAGUGACGGUGUGGCCCGACCGUUACUGAUAUGUUUUGAAGAUAUUAAAAUAAAAAACACCAUUAUGAAAAAUUUAUUCAAAAUGAAAUCGUUAGAUGCUACUCUUCGUCAUGUGGGGUUGAAUCAUGAGUUAACGAUUGAACAGCGAAAGGAAAUCAAAACCCUGACAGAUGAGGCAAAGUUGAAGGAAAACUCGGACAAAGAAGAAAAAAAUGGUGAUGAAAAUAUAAAUGAUUCAGAAAGAAAGACGAGCGGCAGAAAAAUCAAGGACUUCGAUCAAAAAGACGAAAAACUCAGAUUAGGUUUGUUGAAUAUAAGGUCAAUUAUAAAAAAAUCUGAUGAUGUGAAUGAAAUAAUUAGAGAUAAAAUUGAUGUUCUUAUUUUAACUGAAACCUGGCAUAGAUCUCACGACGAAAUAUCUGUUUUAUCUGCUAAACCUGCAGAGUACAGUUAUGUUGAUUACCUUAGACCAUAUGAUGCUAAUCAUGGAGGAUUAAUAAUUUACUUUAGGUCUAUUUUUAAAUUUAGAAAAUUGGAACUAUCACAACUAAAUACUUUUGAAGCCAUUGCAAUAAAAAUUAUAUGCAAUCGGAACGACUACUUAUUCCUGGCCAUCUACAGGCCUGGGUCUUUGCCUGUCACUCCUAUGUUUUUUAAGGAACUGUCAUCUGUUUUGGAGAGUAUGACAAUAUUAACUUCCAAUUUAGUUGUUGCAGGUGAUUUUAAUGUCCGUGUUGAUAGACGUGACAGCCCGCACACGUUAACUGUUUGA